AUGAAGGUUGUUAACCUGUUCAGGUCCCCGACCGUCUGGGCUAUGAUUGAUAUCAGCAAACAAGUUGUGGCUGACGUUCACUUUCUAAACGUGGCCCGAGAUACAAAGGUGUUCACCGAUACCUGCAUUGGAGUUCUAAACCGGGCGCUCAAUUGUGAUGCCUCUUUGAUGUGGGCGACAGAUAUCGGCCACUUCUACGACGAAACGACCAUUAGCCGACUCGGCACGUCGGACUGUAGGGCAUCUCUCAACGGUUACCUGAAGCAGGUGAAGGCCGGCUGCGACACCAGUCGUUAUGACAGCCCUGAUGGUUACAGCUAUCACGCCGGCUACAGUGCCGAGCUCGUGUGGGAGCGAUUCAACGUACUCUGUACAUCUAACGCCGCUGGCGAAAACUGCAACUUGCUGUUAGGCAAACUGGCAGGCGUCAACCCAGAGAAUCAGCGGAGGACCGCCUCGGGCGACCCAAGAUUGAUGUACAACGACUGCGCGCUGUCCGUCCUGAAAACACAGAUGGAGAUGCCGUUGGCAUCAAACGCUGACCUGUCCAGCGGCCUCAGCCGGAUUGCGUCGUCCUGCAAGACGACCGUGGCUGUCACGCCGGCCCCUGUUCCAAGCCCUGCUUGGAUCACCUGGGGGACUGCGCCAGCUCCUACCCCAACAUCCGUGAGAGCAUGUACCGGCAAAACCCAUGUUAUCGAGCAAGGCGACACUUGUCAGUCUGUCGCGAAGCAGCAGCGCAUUAAAACAGCCCAGCUUAUGAUGGCGAACAAUCUGCUGUCGAGGUGCCACGAUUUCCCUACAGCCGCCGGUUCCUCGUUGUGUAUCGCGGCCCUCACUUGCGAUCCGUACAUUGUCAAGACCGGCGACACUUGUACGACUAUUGUUAACGUUGCAAAGGCUACAUGGGCCCAGAUCGUGUCCUGGAACGCAGAGCUGGGGAGCUCGUGCCAGAACAUCGGCACCUAUGUUAGCAGUGUGGUAUGUCUCUCGAACCCGGGAAGCACGUCAGGCACCGACCCAGCUGUUACUGCUUCUGCUGCAAGGCCCAUUACGACCACUACCCCAGUCGAGUAA